CUGUACACUUUGAUUGUGAUUUAUUUGCAGCACUUUGUUAACAAAUACACAGAAUUCGUUCGCCGUUUGUAAGAUGUUGGGCUUGCAAUCGUAUGCCAGCUCAUCGGAGGGUGAUUCCGAUAAUGAGCAAAGUGAUGCCACCAUUCCCGCCCCCGUGACCACCCCGGAGCAUUUGCGUCCUGUGGAUAAGACGCAUUCACUGUCCGUGGAUCUUGCCGUAUGCGCGGCCCCUAAUGUAGUGCCAAUUGGCGCUGCUGCAGUUCCUAGGUCCUUGGAUCCCACACUAAAGGAGGUCGUUUACAAUCCCCGAUUCGAUGAGAUGUACGCACCCGUUAAGGGACCCGAACAUCCCGAUAUGACCCAGCAACAACGUGCACCGCGAAACACACUGGCCGGCUACGUGGAGAAGGCACACAUCAAUGCCUUUGAGUUUGAGAAUCAGCGCCGGACAUUUCACACAUAUGGAUAUGCCUUGGAUCCCAGUGUGGAUGAGAUGGCUGAUGGUCAAUCUUAUGUGGGUGACUUGCAAUCGGCCUACGAUGACAACGGCAAGACUGUGUUCGAAGGGCCCAAGGCCAAGAAAAGUCGAAAGCAGGAGAAGAACGAUCGUCCGGAGGACAUUGAAGGAUUCCUGGGUCCCUGGGGAAAAUAUGAGAACGAAGUGAGUGUGGCCAAGCCCAACGAGCAAGAGCGAGCUGAACUCGACGAGUUGUUGUCCAAGCGUCACAAACGUGGUCGCAUUCCCGAGGAUAAGCCGCUGGAGGAGAAGUCUACAUUGCACAUCAAAGAUGCUUAUGACUAUCAAGGACGCUCGUAUCUGCAUGCUCCGCAUGAUUUGGGUGUGAAUUUACGUUCCAAUGCUCCGCCCACGAAAUGCUUUCUGCCCAAGGCACACAUACACACCUGGACGGGACACAAUAAGGGAAUCUCGUCGAUACGCUGGUUCCCCAAAACCGCUCAUCUGCUUCUGUCGGGCUCAAUGGAUUGCCGUGUCAAGUUAUGGGAAGUUUAUGGUGAACGUCGUUGUAUACGAACCUUCUCGGGCCAUCGUCAAGCCAUCAAGGACAUUGCCUGGAAUAAUAAGGGAUCGAAUUUUCUAUCCGCCUCCUAUGAUCGUUAUAUAAAGCUUUGGGAUGCCGAAACUGGCGAUGUAGUCUCUCGUUUUACCACCCGCAAAAUGCCCUUCUGUGUCAAAUUCCAUCCGGAUAAUAGUAAGCAACAUUUAUUUGUGGCUGGCACAUCAGACAAGAAAAUUAUAUGCUGGGACACUCGUAGUGGCGACAUUGUUCAGGAAUAUGAUCGCCAUUUGGGGUCAGUGAGCACAAUUACUUUCGUGGAUGACAAUCGUCGAUUUGUGACCACCUCGGAUGACAAAUCUAUGCGCAUUUGGGAAUGGGAUAUACCUGUGGAUAUGAAAUAUAUAGCCGAUCCCACUAUGCACUCCAUGCCGGCCGUUACGUUGGCCCCCAAUGGCAAAUGGAUGGCAUGCCAGUCACUGGACAAUAAAAUUGUUAUAUUCUCCGCCCUCAAUCGCUUCAAAAUGAAUCGCAAGAAAACUUUCACCGGCCACAUGGUCUCUGGUUAUGCCUGCCAGUUGGACUUCUCCCCGGACAUGAGUUAUUUGGUCUCAGGUGAUGGUGAUGGCAAAUGCUACAUCUGGGACUGGAAGACAACGAAAAUGUAUAAAAAAUGGCAAGCUCACGAUGGCGUCUGCAUCAGCGCCCUAUGGCAUCCGCAUGAGGCCAGCAAAGUGGUAACAGCUGGCUGGGAUGGCCAACUCAAAUAUUGGGAUUAAACCCUAAACCAAUUGAAUGUGUAGUUAGCCUCACCAUCAGAUUUAAGCAACAAAUGUAUAAACAAAUUUAUUGACUAAAGUUAAAACUAAUGAAAACAGA